AUGUUCACUCUACCAGCCGUUGUAAUUCUCCUCAGCGGGAUCUUUAAUCGAGUUUCCCACGCAUCCGCCGUGAGACGUCAAGACGCCUUUCUCCAACAAUACGAGACCCAGGCGACACAGCUGCUCGAGAAAGUCUCGCGUGGCAUCCAGUGCCACAAAAGACUACACGAGUGUGACGCAUCUCACGACGCUGUCUCCCUCCAUCUCCGAGAUGCCCGCAACACGGCUCAGCAGCCCAACUUCCCCGUAGACAAGCUCCACGAUCAAAAGCUACCUGACGUGUUGGACACACGGGAGACCCAACAGGGAGAAUACACGGAGAACUUGCAUACGCAGCUUAAGCAGCUCAGUGAAACCGCCGCCGCCUCCAAGGCGUAUCAGGCUGGGAUAGCUGCAGCAACUAAAGUCGCCGAGGAACUCAAGAAGCAGGCCAAGGACCGACAGAUCGACGUUUCAAAUGAAGUCGCCGGUGCCACGGAGGCUCUAGACGAGGCCGUGACCACGGCGUCCAGCACCCUGCAGCAAGUUUCGAAUACGCCAUUGCAGCAGGUGGCUGUUAGCCAGCUGACGCAGCUACGAACCGCCGUCACGACAGCUACAAACAAGCUGCUGUCGGCGAGCGAACGUGUAGAUGGCAUGGCGGCCCAACUUGCCAACGUUCCGGAAGCUGAGGCGGCAGAGGCCCAGGCGAUUGCCCAGACACAUAAUGCUGCAUUCGACCAGGCUAACACUACCUUGAGUGAGGUCGUAGAUGGUUACACGGCGCUGAGAGAUUCCAUUAUUUCCCAGAUUUAG